GCGGCGGCGGCAGCGGCGGCGGCGGCCAGCGAGACCCGCCGCCGGGGCACAACAUGGCGGAGCCCUCGGCCCCGGAGAGCAAGCACAAGUCGUCCCUCAACUCGUCCCCGUGGAGCGGCCUCAUGGCCCUGGGGAACAGCCGGCAGGGCCACCACGGGCCCGGGGCCCAGUGCGCGCACAAGGCGGCGGGCGGCGCGGCGCCCACGAAGCCGGCCCCCGCGGGGCUGUCCGGGGGGCUGUCGCAGCCGGCCGGCUGGCAGUCGCUGCUGUCGUUCACCAUCCUCUUCCUGGCCUGGCUGGCCGGCUUCAGCUCGCGCCUCUUCGCCGUCAUCCGCUUCGAGAGCAUCAUCCACGAGUUCGACCCGUGGUUUAACUAUAGAUCAACACAUCAUCUUGCAUCUCAUGGGUUCUAUGAAUUUUUAAAUUGGUUUGAUGAAAGAGCAUGGUAUCCACUAGGAAGAAUAGUAGGUGGUACUGUUUAUCCAGGGUUAAUGAUAACUGCUGGCCUUAUCCAUUGGAUUUUAAAUACAUUGAACAUAACGGUUCACAUAAGAGAUGUAUGUGUGUUCCUUGCACCAACUUUUAGCGGCCUUACGUCUAUAUCUACUUUCCUGCUUACCAGAGAACUUUGGAACCAAGGAGCAGGACUUUUAGCUGCCUGUUUUAUUGCAAUAGUGCCAGGUUAUAUAUCUCGGUCAGUAGCUGGAUCCUUUGAUAAUGAAGGCAUUGCCAUUUUUGCACUUCAGUUCACAUACUACUUGUGGGUAAAAUCUGUAAAAACUGGUUCAGUUUUUUGGACAAUGUGCUGCUGUUUAUCCUAUUUCUAUAUGGUCUCUGCUUGGGGUGGUUAUGUAUUUAUCAUCAACCUUAUUCCACUGCAUGUAUUUGUAUUAUUACUAAUGCAGAGAUACAGCAAAAGGGUCUACAUAGCAUAUAGCACCUUCUACAUUGUGGGUUUAAUAUUAUCCAUGCAAAUACCUUUUGUGGGAUUCCAGCCAAUCAGAACAAGUGAACACAUGGCAGCUGCAGGUGUCUUUGCUUUGCUACAAGCUUAUGCUUUCUUGCAAUAUCUGAGAGACCGAUUAACAAAACAAGAAUUCCAGACUCUUUUCUUUUUGGGUGUAUCACUGGCUGCUGGUGCUGUGUUCCUUAGUGUCAUCUAUCUGACGUAUACAGGUUACAUUGCACCGUGGAGUGGAAGGUUUUAUUCUUUGUGGGACACUGGGUAUGCAAAAAUACACAUUCCAAUUAUUGCAUCAGUGUCUGAACAUCAGCCUACGACUUGGGUGUCUUUCUUCUUUGAUCUACAUAUUCUUGUAUGUACCUUCCCAGCAGGCCUAUGGUUCUGCAUCAAAAAUAUCAACGACGAAAGAGUAUUUGUUGCACUGUACGCGAUCAGCGCUGUCUACUUUGCUGGAGUGAUGGUGCGACUGAUGUUGACUUUGACUCCAGUUGUCUGCAUGCUGUCUGCAAUUGCCUUCUCAAAUGUUUUUGAGCACUAUUUGGGGGAUGACUUGAAAAGGGAAAAUCCACCUGUGGAAGACAGCAGUGACGAGGAUGACAAAAGAAAUCCAGGAAAUUUGUAUGAUAAGGCAGGUAAAGUGAGGAAACAUGUAACUGAACAGGAGAAAACUGAAGAGGGCUUAGGCCCUAACAUAAAAAGCAUUGUCACCAUGUUGAUGCUGAUGUUGCUGAUGAUGUUUGCAGUCCACUGUACCUGGGUUACCAGCAAUGCCUACUCUAGUCCAAGUGUGGUCCUCGCCUCUUACAAUCACGAUGGCACGAGGAAUAUCUUAGAUGAUUUUAGAGAAGCUUACUUUUGGCUGAGACAAAAUACAGAUGAACAUGCGCGGGUGAUGUCUUGGUGGGAUUAUGGCUAUCAGAUAGCUGGAAUGGCUAACAGAACUACUUUGGUGGAUAAUAACACCUGGAAUAACAGUCACAUCGCUCUGGUGGGAAAAGCUAUGUCUUCUAAUGAAACAGCAGCCUAUAAAAUAAUGAGGACUCUGGAUGUAGAUUAUGUUUUGGUUAUUUUUGGAGGGGUUAUUGGCUAUUCUGGUGAUGAUAUCAACAAGUUUCUCUGGAUGGUUAGGAUAGCUGAAGGGGAACAUCCAAAAGACAUUCGGGAAAGUGACUAUUUCACCCCACAGGGAGAAUUCCGGGUAGACAAAGCAGGAUCCCCUACCUUGUUGAAUUGCCUUAUGUAUAAAAUGUCAUACUACAGAUUUGGAGAAAUGCAGCUGGAUUUUCGUACACCCCCAGGUUUUGACCGAACACGUAAUGCUGAGAUUGGGAACAAGGACAUUAAAUUCAAACACUUAGAAGAAGCCUUUACAUCAGAACAUUGGCUUGUCAGGAUAUAUAAAGUGAAAGCUCCUGAUAACAGGGAGACACUGGAUCACAAACCUCGAGUCACCAACAUCUUCCCAAAACAGAAGUAUUUGUCAAAGAAGUCCAUUAGCAAGGAGCUGGAUUGGAAGUGGAGCAGCCGGGACACAAACCAGCACCUAUACGGAGAUGGGACAUGCCAGCCUCCCAGGCAGCAGCUUAACCUCCUACAUAUAACGCCAGCCCCAAGUGAAGCCAUCUCUAUAAAAGAACUACCAAAAGGAAGCGUGGCUACAUUAAAAAUAAGCUAGUUUUUAAAAAAGGCAAGAAAAUAUCUAAGAAGACUGUUUAAACACAAUGUUCUGGUUCCUGACUUGAAGCAGUUGUCCUUGUGAGAACCGGUCUUUGCCUUUUGCUCAUGUCGUGUUUCACAGCAACAGAGGGUACAGAACCAUCACUGGUCCAGGUUAAUGUACAAAAUUUUCUGGCAAUGCCUGAUUUAAGAAAUAAAAUUGGCUUAUUGAGAA